CCCCCCCCCCGGCCCCUAGUGCCUCCACACUCACACGCCCUCAUUCAGAGAGAGAAAGACAGAAAUAAAGAAAAGAAAGAACAAGGAAAAACGAAGAGAGUGUGCCUCGUACGUGGUGCAGUGAAGCACAAGCCAUCCAGGUAAAAACCUCUCUCCUCCAGAGGUAAAAUGUCAGAGCAGCAGGGUGCACCGGAGCAGCUAGCAGCUGGGAAGAGCCAAGGAGGGGCAGGAGCCACUUAUAAGGUGGUGGUGUUUGAGUUCGAGAAUUUCCGUGGGAAGAAGGUGGAGCUGUCUGCAGAGUGUAAGGAUGUGAUUGAGAAGGAAUGUGAGAAGGUGGGAUCUGUCAUUGUGGAAUCUGGACCCUGGGUGGCGUUUGAGUGUCAGGCAUUUGGCGGGGAGCAGUUUGUCCUGGAGAAGGGCGAGUAUCCUCGUUGGAGCACCUGGACCAACAGCCAGACUAACAACUGCCUGCUGUCCUUCAGGCCACUCCGAGUGGACAGUGCAGAUCACAAGCUCCACCUGUUUGACAAACCAGGUUACGCAGGGAGGAAGAUGGAGAUUGUGGACGACGACAUUCCCAGUCUGUGGGUCCAUGGCUUCCAGGACUGUGUGGCCAGUGUAAAGGCUCUGAAUGGAACGUGGGUAGGCUACAUGUUCCCAGGCUACAGGGGCCGCCAGUAUGUCUUUGAGCUUGGAGACUACAAGCACUGGAACGACUGGGGAGCCACGGCGCCUCAGAUCCAGUCCGUCCGGCGAGUGCGCGACAUGCAGUGGCACAAAAGGGGCUGCUUCACCGCCCCUGCCCCGCCACCUGCCCCCACUCCUGCCCCCAACCCCACACCCCCACCCCCUGUCACCGCUGGCACCAGCUGAAAGACAGUGGCUGUGGCCCCAGGCUCCCUAAGAAGCCAACCCCGGGCCCCCCAACCAUCCAGGGCUCCACUGAGCCUCUCCUCAUCACAGAGGGCCACCAAGAAACGACGAACUCGCAAGUGAAGUGACCAUCACUGACUUACCUAUGUGUCUGGAGUGGAAAUAAAGUCUCUGACCCUGAUUUGGUUUGAUCCAACUGGAUGAGAGUGUAUUGUUUUUGUCUAACAGGCCCUCUUAUUGAGAUGCUCUGAAAACAACUGAGGUUGUUAGAAUAAUAUUAUUUAGUGUGUCAACGCCAUACAAUAGCAGAAAUAUUAUUUGGUUUAAAGUACUUUUUUACAAUAUACUGUAGCCCCAUUAUUAGAAUGGAUGUAGGGUAAAACACUGACCAGCAGAUGGUAAUAUGGAACCAGAAGACAUCAAUCUGCAUGGGAAGUUGAGACGAGUGUCGAGGAGAGGUCAAAGACUAAUUAAAACAUUCAUGUUUAUCACCAUUUAAAAAAGUAUACACUUUCACCCAACAAACUUCAGGUAGACUACGAGACAUUCCAUUGUGAGGAGGGGUUAGGGCAGGGAUGGGCAACUACAGUCAGAGAGGAAGAGACCAAACUCGGCGGAAAUUCUGUCUCCAUCCAUCAGGUGGCGUUUUUUUCCGUUUCGCCCCACCAAGCUAGGAAAUCUUGUAUGGAGGUCAAUGAGUGUCGAAUUUGGUCAACAAUAAAAAAUGAAUGGCUUAUUUUCUA